ACAGGGAUACUUUACUGGUGGCAAUUAUAACCUGUAAUCUACCCUAAUUUUGUUAUUAUUUAUAUGCGACCAAGAUAUAUUUGAUAUCUCAAAAUAAGACGAGAUGUAACAUGAUAUUUUCCUGAAGCCUUGCCAAAUUAAUUAACACGUAAGAGUCCUUGUCCAGUGACAGCUUGAUUGUCUCUCGUCGCUGACUCUCUCUUUUUUGCGCUUGAAAUAUGUCGGGAAAAGGAAAGCAGAGUUCUAAGAAGGCUGUUGUCAAGGUACGAGAGUCUGGCAAGACUGCGCAGUCUUCUCUGGUGAAUAACGACACGAAUUCCGAGACGUCAGAGCCAACAACGUCCCAGGCAAUUUUUAAGACGGUCGACAAUAGUCGACAUCUGCCAAGAUACACCAACAUUCUAAAACGUUCAGCGGAGGAGGGCGUGGGCAUGGAAGACCUGGACACGUUGCAGCUGGAACUGGAGAUGCUCCUGUCAGCGGUCGUCGUACGACAUCGUACUCUUCAAGACGAGAUUGCUAGCUUGUCGUCGGCAGAGGAGCGCAGAGACAGGAGGUCGAAAAGCGGGAAGAGCGUACCUCUGCUUAAGAAAAUGCGGGAGGAGAAAUUUAAGCCGAAGGAGGUGAACGCCAAGAGUCAGCCACCUCUGUACACGAAGCUCUACACGCAGAGAGCGGUGAGAAGUUCAGCCAGUCAGGUGGCGUCGAACAUACACGAAAUUGGAAGAAUAGAGGGAUCCAAGUCUGAUGCCCCAAAGCUGCUUCUACCGAAAAAUGAUACCCCCAAUAAGUUCUGGGCAUCGGUGGAUCCUUAUUGCACCGACAUCAUGCCCGAGGAUAUUAAAUUGUUGGAGGAAUUGAUCGCUACGCACAGUGACAUAAGCGACUUUAAGAAGAUUCCACCUCUGGGUCGUCAUUACAGCUUAAUGUGGGCGCACAAUGAUUUGUUGCAGGAGGAGGACGCGGCGAAUCCAAACAGGGAAAAGAGGAAGAAUCGCACAGACAUGUCCCACUUGAUAUCCAAAGGCGAUAAGAAGACUAACGGUAUCGCUGGACCGCUCACCCAGCGAUUGGUCUCUGCGCUUCUCGAGGAGAAGGUGUACGUCGGGAAUAAUAAUACGGAGAAUAAAUUAUUCCGAGAUGGGGACUCGCCCGUUUUGAGGGACCUGACCAUUCAGAAUUCCAUCAACUUGGAAUUACGAAUGCACAAGGAACUGGUCGAGCAGGGGAUCUUGGAACCUGAUGCGCAGAAAAAGAAUCAAGAGGAUGAUGAGAUUCUUGCGGAGAUUAAGAGAUGUCAACAGGAACUUUCCGCAUUGUCCAGUCACAACGUUGUACAGUUGAAGAGAUUGUUCAAUCUAGCCCAGGAGGAGAGUAAGAGGCAAGCAUUGAAACGGAAAAUUAGCAACGCGGACAACGAGGUGGUGGAACAUUAUAAGAAAUUGACCAAAGCCAAGCAGAAUAAGGAAAGCUUGACGAGAAAGGAACAGGAGAAAGCGUGGGCGUGUCUGAGGGAACGAGAGAGUUUGUUAGAACAAUUAAAUGCUACUAAAUAAUUUAGUAGAAUCUAUAGGUUUUACACAGCAAGUCGAAAUGAAAUGUAGGAAUAUUUCUUAAACGUAUACAAAUAUUAUAGUCACACAUAAUACAGAUUUAAAGUCUUUAAUCUGUUACAAGAAAUAUUCAAGAAAUAUGUAGGAAUAUGAUAAUAGUCUGAACGUGUACAUUGUUCAUUCUUUAUGUUAAAAAAUGCAUGGAUUUAAUAUAGAGAAAUUAUAUAUUGCGAAAACUAAAUUGCACACAUAAAUUUAGAAUUCUCGCUAAUGUUACACGUACCAAAAUUUAGCAUAUACAGGGUGUCCCACCCCAAAUAACUUUCUUAUUUUUAAUUUUAGAAAAAGAUGUUUCAGACAAAAGUUGUAUGGUUUCCAGGGGGACAUAAGAUGGUGCCAUUAGUUUGACCUUGAAGAGUUACAUGUAGGUUACGUGAAGAUCAUUUUGAAUUUCUUAAAUGGA